AUGAUUGGACUCCUUUCGGCCAACACGGGUUCAAUGCCCAUCGACGCCCUCAAAUUCGCCUUGCCUCUCGGAAUCGGCCUCGCCACUGCUGCCCUCCUCACCUUCAAGAUAGCAUCCAACCCUUAUGAUAAGUCAAUCCCAAAUGUCCCCAUCCGAAAAGGCGACUCAAACCACGACAAAGAACUCGAAGAGGACCAAGAUGAAUUCCUGAUCCGCUGCGAAGAAGAAUAUGGCCCCAUCUUCAAUGUCAAGGCCUACAACCAAGAUCUCACCGUCAUCUCUGGCCCUAUGGUCCGAGAAGUCUUCAUGAACGAAUCCUUCUCCUUUGGGGACGCCAUGGAUACCCUUACAGGGGUUAGGGCGUUCCUGAUGAGUGUGUUGAAGAGUCAUAAGCAUAUCGAUAGUCGGAUCACGCAUGACCUUGUCAGGGAUAACAUCUCGCCGAACCUGCCGUUGUUUACGCCCAGGAUUGUGGAGCAGUUGGAGAGGGUUGUUGACGAGCAGUUGGGGUAUUGUGAGGGCAAAGUUGUGGAGAAGCCGAUCAAGAUUGUCCAGGAUAUGAUUGCCUAUGCCAUGGCCAAUGUGUUUAUGGGUCCAGAGGUCGCCAAGCAACGUAUUGUCAUCGACACCUUCAUCCAGGUGACUUACGAUUUCGGGAAGAUCGUGGGACGCGAGAACCGCAAGAACGCUUGGCACGCAUGGUCAAACAAGACCAAAUACGGAAUCCUCAACCCACUCCACAAGCAUAUCAAGGUCCUCACCGACGCCGCGGGCCCCGUGAUCGAAGAGCGUCGUCGACAGGAAACCGAGGCCAACGAAAAUGGUGUUGAGUGGGACCGACCCAUUGAUAUCAUGCAGCGGUUGCUGGAUAACAAUGAAAAGUAUGGAUUUAUCGACCUGGAGGACUUGUGUGGACACCUCUUGAUCCUGAUCUUGGUGUCUGUUCAUACGACCACGGAUACCUCGACGAAUUUGAUGUAUUACUUGGCUUGCUUCCCAGAGUACCAUGAGCCGUUGUUCCAGGAGCAAGAGGAAGUUCUGGGACAGAUCGAGGCCGAGCGGGAGGAGCUCCGUCAGAGGAAGCUCCAAUCUGGCGAGUUUGCGUCUGGAGAAGAGUUUGUCGGCACCGAGUUGGACCCAGCUCAUGAUCGAGACCUGUCGGCGGCGGCGAUAAAGCGGAUGGCCAAGAUGGAUUCGUUUGUUCGCGAGAUCUUCCGGUACCGGAUGACGCGCCUCGAGUUGCAGCAUAUGGCACGCGAGCCCGUCACGCUCUCGAACGGGACAAGGAUCGCCAAGGGCCAGAUGGUGGUCAUCAACCUCCGGUCCUUGCACCAGAGUUAUGAGUACCAGGGCGAGGACCCUGCCGAGUUUAGGCCAUUCAGGUUCUUGGGUAAAGCCAAGGCUGCAACCAAGGCUGCCACAGAUUUCCUCCCCUUUGGCAUGGGCCGACACGCAUGCCCAGGAAGAUUCUUGGCGAUCCAAGAACUCAAGACAGUUGGUGUGUUGAUGGUCUCGCGGUACUCCAAGAUCGAAAUGAUCGACCCCUCGCACAAGAAGCGCGCCCUCCUCUCGCGUAUCGGCGAACCUUGCCCCUCUGGCCUGAUCUUUACUUCUCGCACCGCACCCACCAAGAGGGAAGCAUAA